AUGCCGGCGAAAUCUAGAUUUACCAGGCUAGAUGCCUUUACUAAGACGGUCGAUGAAGCAAGAGUGCGCACAACUUCAGGAGGAAUUGUUACUAUAGCUUCAUUGCUAAUCGUCUUGUAUCUGGCUUUUGGAGAAUGGGCAGAUUACAGGAGGAUAACAGUACAUCCUGAGCUUGUAGUUGACAAGGGAAGAGAUGUAAUGGAUGUUUCCGGAGAACAACAAGUUGGUGUUAUGCAUGGAGUUAAGAAGGUUCGAUUGUCUGCUCAAGAAGAGGGAGGUAAAGUUAUUGAUACUACUGCUUUGGAUCUUCAUAAUGCAGAUGAGGCAGCAACCCAUCUUGAUCCCAAUUACUGCGGUCCAUGUUACGGUGCUACCCCUCCUCCGAAUGCGAAGAAGCAAGGAUGUUGCAACACUUGUGACGAAGUACGAGAAGCAUAUGCGUCAGUAUCAUGGGCUUUCGGUCGAGGAGAGAACGUAGAACAAUGCGAGCGUGAACAUUAUGGCGAACGUUUAGAUUCACAACGCAAGGAAGGUUGUCGCAUUGAGGGUGGUUUGCGAGUAAAUAAGGUCAUUGGAAAUUUCCACAUCGCUCCUGGACGCAGUUUUACCAAUGGAAAUAUGCACGUUCACGAUCUCAACAACUACUUCGAUACCCCAGUUCCCGGUGGCCAUGUUUUCUCUCAUCAUAUUCAUUCUCUUAGAUUUGGACCAGAGCUUCCAGAGGAGGUUACCAAGAAAUUAGGCUCGGAUUCCAUCAUUCCAUGGACCAAUCAUCACUUGAACCCCCUUGAUAACACGGAACAAAUUACGCAUGAGGCUGCUUACAACUUCAUGUACUUUGUAAAGGUGGUUUCAACUUCUUACCUUCCUCUUGGCUGGGAAACAACCUACAACAGUCCGCCCCAUGAUGCGAGCGUGGAUAUUGGAACUUAUGGGCAUUCUGAAGAUGGAAGUAUCGAAACUCAUCAAUAUUCCGUUACUAGCCAUCGCCGAAGUCUCAACGGUGGAGAUGAUUCGGCUGAAGGUCACAAGGAAAAGUUACAUGCGCGUGGUGGAAUUCCAGGUGUUUUCUUCUCUUAUGUAAGUUUCCUUGAGAUUCAUAUGCUUCAAGGUAUACUAAUCAUGAUCAGGAUAUCUCACCAAUGA